AUGGCACACAGCAAAGUUGUAAUUAUUGGAUCUGGUCCCGCUGGCCACACCGCCGCUAUCUACCUGGCGCGAGCUGAAAUGCAGCCGGUCAUGUUCGAGGGUAUGCUUGCAAACGGGAUUGCCGCCGGUGGCCAGCUUACGACCACCACGGAGAUCGAGAACUUCCCCGGGUUCCCUGAGGGACUCACCGGCUCCACUUUGAUGGACCGCAUGCGCGAGCAGAGCGUCAAGUUUGGCACGACCAUCCACACCGAGACCGUGGCCAAACUGGACCUCUCGAGCCGCCCCUUCAAGCUCUGGACCGAGUUCAACGAAGACGGCGAGCCCACCAUGACCGCCGACGCGGUUAUCAUUGCCACUGGCGCUUCUGCCAAGCGUCUCCACCUGCCUGGCGAGGAGGAGUACUGGCAGUCGGGAAUUUCCGCCUGCGCUGUCUGCGACGGUGCAAUCCCCAUGUUCCGCAACAAACCUCUUGCUGUUAUCGGCGGUGGUGACUCCGCCGCCGAGGAGGCGCUUUUUCUCACAAAAUACGGCUGCAAGGUCUAUGUCAUUGUCCGCCGCGACCAACUCCGCGCUUCAAACAUCAUGCAGAAGCGUCUGCUCAACAACGACAAGAUUGAGAUGGUCUGGAAUACCGUCACCAAAGAGGCUAAGGGCCAGAACGGUCUGCUGUCUUCGCUGACCGUCGAAAACGUCAAAACUGGCGAGGUCAAGGAGCUCGAGGUCUCGGGCCUGUUCUAUGCAAUUGGCCACACCCCGGCCACCCAAAUCGUCAAGGGCCAAGUCGACAUGGACGAGGCCGGUUACAUCAAAACCGUUCCGGGCACUUCGCGCACCUCCGUCGAGGGCGUGUUCGCUGCUGGCGACGUUCAGGACAACGUCUACCGCCAGGCCAUCACCUCUGCCGGCACUGGCUGCAUGGCCGGUCUAGACGCCGAGCGUUAUGUCUCUGAACUCGAGUAA